AUGACUUGUAUUGUAGUCGGCCUGGAGUGCCUCUGUAAUCGUUCUAAUGCUAAUGCCUUCUUCCUUAGCACAAAUGUCAAAAAUGUCUUCUUGCACGGUGGCUUAUCUGAGGAGGUUUACAUGACUCCUCCUCCGGAGUCCUUGUCUUCUGGGAAGUGGUUAACGAGAAGGCAGGCACAUCAAUUGCGUGCACAACAAGGGAUUCCCGUUUCAGAAUAUGGAGUUGUGGUUGACAUGGUUAGAGUUCCAGAUUGGGCUAUUGAAGCUGCUGGACAAGAGAUGAGAGUGAUGGGCCAAGAUGCAGCUGCUUAUCAUCCUGGACUUUACUUGACCCCAGCCCAGAGAGAGGCAGUGGAAGCACUAAUUCAAGAACUUCCAAAGUUCAUGAUGAAAGCCGUUCCUACCGAUUGCAGUGAGUGCCCGAUUUGCUUGGAAGAGUUUCAUGUUGGAAAUGAGGUUCGUGGCCUCCCGUGUGCCCACAACUUCCACGUGGAGUGUAUCGACCAGUGGCUCAGGCUGAACGUGAAAUGCCCCAGGUGCCGAUGCUCGGUUUUUCCGAACCUCGAUUUGAGUGCGCUGUCCAAUAUCCAGACGGAGCCCGUGCGGGCCCCGGUCAACGUGGUCACGGCAGCCCGGUACGUGAGGAGCCAGCCCACGAGCCAGAGCUACCUGCUGAGGCUGCAGGGCUUGAUCCGGCCCGUACGGGCUGAGAAUGCGGGGCCAACUGGAGAAGUGGUAGUGGUGGUUGGGGAGUCGGGCCUGCCUCGGGCCUGA